CAGGGCCGGGCACGUAGUGAGCGCCUCGCACCUCGGCUCGUUGCUGUUUUCGGGCCGCCCAUGGCUCCGCUCCCACUGCGCUGCCUGCUCUGGAUCUACGCGAUCGUCGCGGCCCAAGGAGAACGAAGGACUUCUUGUAAUAAAGAAACGCACUACGAGUUUGGUGACAGUUGCUGCCAGCUGUGCCCUGCGGGAACCAAGAUGGUAGCCGGGUGCGGUGAGGACGGUGGCCCGUCUCGAUGCCAACCCUGCGGAGAAGGAGAAUUCCAGCCUCGGCCCAACCACGACCCGCACUGCCGCCCUCACAAGUUUUGCAAUCAGAAUGCCGGCUUCGUGGAGUUAGCCCAAGCCACCGAGGAAAAGGACACCCGAUGCGUCUGCCAACCCGGCAUGCACUGCUCCGGAUCCAUGUGCGAAACCUGCGCCCCCCACACUCCAUGCUCCCUGGGAUUUGGCGUCGUCCAGGCCGGAACUCCUAAUUCCGACACCGUGUGCGCUCCCUGCGAGCGGGGCUUCUCCAACGUGUCCUCCACCUCCGAGCCGUGUCGGCCUUGGACGAGCUGCGGAGCCACGGGGUUGCCGGAGAUGUCGGCCGGGACGGACACCGCUGACGCCCUGUGUGGGCCCUCUCCUGUCCCAACAGGCCCCAAGUCCCGGGAGACGCUGGCGGUGUUGCUUCCCGUCGUGGCGGGCGUCGUCUUCGCCGUAGUUUGCGCGCUGUGCUGGACAGCUUCCUGUUCCAGGAGGAAAAUCCAGAAACAGAAGCUGAAGCAGGUGGAAUUAGAGGAGGGGGUGCUGCCCCACGCCGGCCCCCAGGAGGUGGAAGACCCCUUCCCCAUCCAAGAGACCGGCAAAGAAAGUCACAUCUCCGAGCAGGAGAGGCAGUGA